GAAGUAGGCGAUUGUUUAUUUGCAUAGAAAAACAUGUAAAUGUGUUCAAAUAAAUUCUGGACUUAAAAUGAGCUAAAUCCAAACGAUCUAAUUUAGAAGCUGAUAAUUCUUGCUGUCUGGCAGGAGCAGACCGCAACAACAAUUUGGUCAACGAAUGCAAAAUUGGGCUGAAUAAUAAAUUAAUAAAAGACGAACAUAAAAUGUUUUGCUCCGAAAGUUGUGAGCACGGCAUUAAUGCGACCUCAUCUGGGCGCAUUUUGUGUUCGAAGAAGUCUGCUGCUCCAGUAGAGCAGCAAUCGCCUCAGAUGGGACAACAACAACAUCAGCAGCAGCAGCUGCAACAACAGCAACAGCGAUUGCGUUUCGAUCCUCAGCAACCGAGUUGCAGCAUGUUUUGUGAUGCAUUGCCGCCAGCAGAUUUGUGGAUGCAGAACUGCAAUUCGGCGCCACAGCGCAUGGGCACCUGCAUUGUGACCGAGGGGCCAGAGGGCUUAAGCAUCGACUGCAAUGUGCCAAUUCCGAAUUCCUUUAAUCUGGAUGGGUACAACCCGCAGUUGUUGUCAUUCCUAGCGACACCCGACGGUAGCGACAACAUCAACAACAAUAAUAAUCUUGGUGUGUCGUUGCCGGUUGAUCAGCUGCCGCAAUCAGUCAAGCAAACCAAAGUGGAACGUAACCGAAAGAAGUCACAACAGCAAUCGCAAUCAACAGCUAGCGUAUGCCAUUGUUGUUCUACAAGUUAUCCAACAAGUUAUGCGCCCUCGAAUGAGAUGAGCCCCGACAUGAAUGCUUCUCCUCCAGUGACUGUUAUGCCAGUUAAUCAGCUAUUGGCCUACCUCAGCGGUGUAAUGUGUCCGCCAGCAGCAGCUAAUAAGCCGCCUCCGUAUCCUCCUCAAAAUCUGCCACCAGUUCCAUCUUGCUGUCAUAUUCAAGUACACAGUUUGCAGCCUAUGCAACAGCAACAACAACAACCACCUCCAACAUUUGCUGCUCAGCCACCAGGAUUGAUGCGCUUCGAGUUACCCUGCAUGCUCACGGGAUUCACAUCGGGUCAAUUGCAUCCCGAGCAGCCGCAGCCACCGUUCGCCCUGCAGCUCUUGCCAUUGCCAUAUGCCGGAUCCAUGCCGUCCAUGCCCUCCAUUCCUCCAUUACCAAUUCCAGCUGAAAGUUUGCCUACGCAGUCAAAGCCAACGAAACAUUCUACAUCGACGCAGUCUACAGAAACUUGUGUCCCUCCCCCUGCAACACCACCCCUUACACCACCAGCACCUUCAACAGCAUCAUCGCCAACACAUUCGUUACCAUGUUCGAGUCUAGGAGAUGAGCCCAAAAAACCUAUUUUAAUCAGUAGGAAAGCGGGUCCACAACGCAACAAUAUUGAUGCACAACACUCCUACGGCCGUAGGCCAUCAUUUCCGCUGGGAAAUGGCAAUGGAAAUGGCUGUAGAAAUGGUAAUAGAAUCAGUAAUACAAAUGGUAAUGGCAAUAGCUGCAUGAACCCACCUUGGCAUUGCUCGCACUGUUCCCAUUGCUGCUAUCAUCCCUGUGAUCAUCAUCAGCGAUCGUAGGCGUAUCGAAAGUUAAACCAUAGUACUAAAUCAAUGAUGAAUAAAUAAAUAAACAUUUGAACUAAGUUUAUAUUUCCAGAAUUUUA